AUGUCUUCGAACCCCGAUUCACGCCAUCGCGCAAACGCAUCGCAAAAUACAACCACCUCGCCAUUCGCACAAGCUCCUACAUUCACCCCGCCGUCGCAGCCGCGACCAGCUCCUUCCUUCCGCAGACCGCUCUCCGAGGCAUCAGAUCAAUCCAACCGUCAUUCAGGCCCAACCAUUCGCAUUGUCGAUGAUCCUGGGAACAAUAUAUACGACAAAUUUCCAGUGCCUAGUGAACCCUCACAAAUCCUUCCACCACCUCGCAAUGCGCCAGGUUACGCGUUCGAGACCCCAGGAUCUCGUGUUUCAAGCGGCAGCCGGGUCGCCAAUGCCCUCGCAAAGUUCGAAGCCAUUGGCGCCAGCAACACCCUUGCACCACAGCCACCCUCCCAUCGUCCAAAGAACACUUUCCGACACUCGGUGUCGACUAAUACGUCUGAGGACGACACCCUUGUGGGAACUUCCAAUUCGCGAUACUCCCUUGGAUUUUCCCAAGGAAGCACACCCCCGUCAUCGCCCGGCCAAGCAGAAUUAAAGGACUUUGAAACAGACCUGGACGUAUUAGAAGAAGAAACAACUCCUCUCGCUCGAAGGUCCACUAUACGCGCUGUGCCACCUUCAUCGUCCGGUGGUGAAUCCGUUGAAAGCCGUACUCGCGCCUUAUCGCCUCAGGAAUCUGUUGCAUCACUUGCCUCAACUGAACGCGCGCCCUCUCCUACCGACCCCAGUAAUGCCGGCCGAAACUCGACGGGUGUCAGUCGACCGUUACCGCAAGAGUGCCCCCCGUUUGCCGGAUCUGAAGACGGACGGCAACAGGCUCUCGAUAGUGACCUUCCGCAUCGACAACUUGUAUUGAAGCCAUCCACGGAGUCGUUUGCAUACUCUGACAUUUCGUCUACCAGCAUCGAACCGAAGCAACCCACCUUUGCGCCAUCGCCAACUAUCCAUGAAUCGAGUACAGCCACUUGGGCAAGCGGGGUCAAAGUCAAUUAUCCCGUCGUUCGCGCCCCCACAACCAUCAGUCAGCGGGCCGAGACCCAGUCAUCGAGCAUCGCAUCCCGAAUGAUUGUCGACCACGGUUUGGCGCACAACUGGAGCUCUCAGCUAUCCACUAUCGCCUCCGUUUCUGAACGCGAUUCUCGAUCACUCGCACGUGGAUCGCGAUCGUUUAGCCCCAGGUCGCUGUCCUCAGACAGCUAUGCGGAACGAAGCUCAACCAAUGUUCCGAGGAGGAGAGGGCAGACUAUUGGCAGCUACAACUCGUCGUCAGACAACUACUCGUCUACACCUUCAGAGUCGGCAGUCCCCCUGCCAUUGUUCUCACCACAGCUGCAAUCAUCCGGCGAGUACAAUGAGAAGAGCUUCGGAGACGAGGUCCUCGACACAGUCUCACCUCUCCCUCCGUCCAACACAAUUCGCAUGAAGAACUCGGGAUAUCUUCGAAGACAGGGCAGCGAUACAUCACUGAACUCGUCACGACCUGGAUCGUCACAGUCUGACUUGUCUACAUUGAACCGCAGCAUCAUCCCAGCAUGGGCAAGAGCAUACUACCAGCGCGGAGAGCGCAUCUCCAUGAUACCGGCUGCUUCAGAAUCCUCUGGCAGCAUACGUCUGGGCACAUCGCACAGCGGUCGCACACACACACCUUCCGAAAGCAACUUCCCAGCUCACAUCUACCGCCCGCGCAACCGACCACGCCACCGCGGGUCACACACUGACACCAUGUCGCUUUCCUCUGAGCAACUGAUCGAUGAGAACGGGUAUGCGAAUGGAGCCUACAUGCACCCCGUUAGUGGCUGGUCGACGCCACAUCUUCGAACCGACAGGCGUGGGCAUCCGCGCUACAGUUUCUGGAAGGCACCAUCGAUGGACAAGGAUUUUGGCAAGCAUCCGUUCAGCCGACAAAAUAGGCAGAUCCUCCUUUUCACAUUGGGGUUCAUUCUCUUCCCAGCAUGGUGGAUCGCCUCCUGCUUACCGCUGCCUUUCGACCCGACCUUGACACAGAACGGGAGUCAAAACGACUUCGAGCAGCAGUAUGCACAACAGAUCGGUCCGGUAGACAACAAAGCCUACCAGAAAGCCAACUGGUGGCGCAAUCUGAACAGAGUGAUGUCAGGGGUUGGAACGCUUCUAGUCGGGGUCAUAGUUGCACUAGGCAUCCUGGCUUCCAGGAUGUGA